GGCCAUUGUCCCGGUUGCCAGGCAGCGCCCCCCCCCCUAGCAACGGGGACGUCGCCUCGCUUCCGCCGGCGCCCGGAGAUGACGUGUGGACGCUCCGCGGAACCAAGAUGGUGUCGGUGACUCUCGCCACGUCAGAGUGGAUCCAAUUUUUCAAAGAUGCCGGUAUACCUGCAGGACCAGCUGUCAACUAUGCUGUCAGCUUUGUGGACAACAGGAUUCAGAGGAACAUGCUCAUGGAUCUCACUAAAGAUAUCAUGAAUGAACUGGGCAUCAUGGUAGUCGGGGAUAUUAUUGCCGUUCUGAAGCAUGCCAAAGUCGUCUACAAACAGGAACUUGCUAAGAUGGCCACAGAGUCCAUAACUCCGACCCAUGGAAACGUUCAUUUUGAAUUAAAAAGAACUACCGGCUCCCCUGCCACGCGAAUGAUCGCAAACAGCUUGAGCAGAGAAUCCCCACCUACCACUCCUGUGAGGAGACCAGAACCAACCACUUCCAAAAUAUCCGUCACCGUGGCCAACAAACUUGCCACAAAGAAAGCAGUUCUUUCCAGACCAGCCGACCCAGGGCCGGACAACUCCGCUAAGCGACGGAGAGUGACUGCGGAAAUGGAAGGUAAAUACAAAAUCAAUAUGCCACAAGGGACAACAGCAAAAACUAAGAAAAUCCUGGAACAGCAAGCCACGAAAGGUUUGUCAAGGAUGUCAGUGUUCGAUCGGCUUGGAGCAGAAACAAAAGCAGACACCACGACAGGAAGCAAGCCGACAGGAGUGUUCAGCCGCCUGGGUGAAGUGGUGAGUCAGAGGAAGGAGAGCAGCGAUGACGAUGACGUUGGCUUGGUGCUGCAGUAUGCCGGAGUUUUGAAGAGAGCCCCCUCGGCUCCCGUGCCGGAGAGCCCCAAGCCCCCGCUCACCGUGAAGGGGCGAACCGGGGCGGCACUCGCCACCAUCCGGAGACUGGCCGCCCCCAAAGCCGGCGGCACUACCACUCCCACCCCUGCCACUGCCGUGCCCGGCAAGAGCGGCCAGGUCUCCCGGCUGCAGUCGGCGGCUCCAGCCAAGGUCAGCAUCCGGCACAGGCUGGGGAAGGCCAUGCCGGCCGCAGCCGACACUCAGGACAACAAGGUGACCAGCACCAAGAGCCGCAGCAGCCCCGAGUUCACCGUGACCAUCAAGAACACGGCGCCGCGGACCCCCGUCGCCACCAAAGUGAGCAGCAGCACAGAGGGCCGCAUGGCUCAGAUGGACUCCACGGGGACUGUUAGCGUCUUUGAGCGGCUGGGGAUGAAGUUAAAGUAACCGGGGACCUCACCAAAGGCUGUCACCACAAGCCGCUGUAUUACUCUACGUACGUACAGUGUCUCUUCAGUCACGGCAGCACGCUGUGUGCUUUGGGGAGUUCACAACGACUGUUCUGUCCACACCCUAAAAAAAGGUCAAAAAAAGGGGUUAACUAAUGACCCGUGAGAGAAUAAUUAGAGCAAACAAGAUUUUAAUUAGCGUUUAGGCUUUGUUUUGAUAAUUUAUUCAAUGGCCUCUUUUAUUUCUGUUGAUGGGAGGGUGUGGGUGCUUUUUUUAAAUGGGGAAAAUAAAUUUGAUGCCGGUAUUUUGUACCUGGUCACUGCCUCUGCAAACAAGUUUAGACGUCACCACGCUUUGCCCCCCCCCCCCCUGGCAUCUACUAGGGGGGUUUAUUUUGUGCAGUGUGGUCACAGUCACUAAUUUAAUGAACCCUGUAGGAACUUGGAUAAUCUGAAGGUUUAGCUGUUGUUAUUAAUGCAUCUCAGUCAUGUUGGGGUAUCGUGGCACUGAGCACAAGGUUGUUCAAAGCAGGCUGUUUUACACAGUUAUUUUAUGCCUUUUAAACGCUUAAAACCCCUGUCCCACCGUACGAGUUGAGUUCAUUCCAAGAGCUCUCCUGAGUUUGCCCCGAUUCCAACUCGGAGAUUUACAGUAAUGGCCACUCGUCGGUACUCGGGGCUCUCGUGGACAUUUUUCAACAUGUUGAAAAAUCUUCACGAGUCUUCCUGUGCUUACCUGCCGUUAGCGAGUCUUCCGAAUACCUGCCAUUAGCGUUACGAGCCGGCAAGAGACGUCCCUGAGCUCCGACGUACCCGCUACGUUCAUUCUCCGUGCUUACCGCGAGUUUGAUUUUUUUUAAACUCGAGAGAGCUCUUGGAAUGAACUCGCACCGUGGGACAGGGGCUAUAACCAUCUGUAUUUAUCAGCCAACCUUUCUUCCUCAGCCGUUCUGUUUUUCAUGCUUCUGAGAAGAUAUAAAAAUUGUUUUCAUUGGGCUCUUGUUACUGUAGUUUGAUUUGUGGACUAGCCUUUGAUCGGGUGGCCACAACCUCUGAAGUUCUGGCUGUCAAGGUGACUUGUUUUACUCAAAACUAUUUAUUACCUUUAGUCCAAGUGGAAUGGUCAGUCCCAGUCACUCGCUGGAACGUUCCGGAAAGGCAAAUCAAAAUCAGGUUUGGUUUGGUUUAGUUUAGAGAUACAGCAUGAAAACAGGUCCCUCAACCCACAGAGUCUGCGCUGACCAGUGGUCACCUGUACACUAGUUCAUUCCUACACUCCAGGGACAAUUCAUAAGUUCCAGCAGCUGAAUUAGGCCAUUUGGCCCAUCAAGUCCACCCUAUCGCCUUCUCCCCAUAACCUCUAAGCAAUUACUCAUCAUUUAACCUACAAACCAAGACUUUGGAGAGUAGGAGGAAACCGGAGCAAACCAACGUGGUCACAGGGAGAACAUGCAAACUCCACACACACAGGCAGCGCCCAAGGUCAGAAUCGAACCGAUGUAUCUGGCGCUGUGAUGAGACCUAAUUUAAUGCUGAACCCAGUUAAAUAGACUGCUUUUAAAAUAUUUCCCGGAAGCAUAUUGUUACAUCUGUAUAGCAUCCGUGAGAUUGCAAAGUUCCUGACAAAACGCAUCAGUAAUGGCCUGACAGAUAGAUUACAGCGUGCAAUUCUGUAAUGAAAUCACUUUAAAUCAAAGAAAACGUUUCAAAUUGAAGUUCGAUGCAGACUCCGAUAUUUUGGGGGCUACCGUCCACACGGCAAAGGGUAGAUGGGGAGGAAACAUGAAGAAGGGUCUCGACCCGAAACGUCACCCAUUUCUUCUCUCCUGAGAUGCUGCCUGUCCCGCUGAGUUACUCCAGCAAUCUGUGCCUUGGAUCCCUGGACAAUCUCCAAGCUUGCAGUGCAAUUUACUAACAAAGACUCUUCUAUGUAGUGCAAUUUAUUUUGUGCAUUUGGGUAAUAUUGGAACUAUCAAUGUUACGGAAAGUGUGAUCAAUAAAAAAAUUGUAUGCCGAUCUGAUCGUUAAAGUUACGAGUGAGUUUUAUAUACAAGCACUUCCUGACGUACGUACGUACGGGUUUCGUUCUGUGAACCUUUACGUAAGUUAGCUUUUAUGGCAGUCGGGAUCACCAACCCCAUCCACUGCCCGAAAUAUCUCACUCAGAGUAUUAACUGUUUCAUUGGCAUUCUGUUUCCACACUUUCCCCAAAGGGGGGGGCCUGUUUCCACACUGUAUCGCUAAAAUAAACUAAACGAAAGUCAAAAAUAACAUCAUCAUCAUUAUAGAAUUUGACCCGAAACAUUAACUUUGUUCCUCUUUCCACAGAUGAUGCCUGACCUGCUGAGCAUUUCCAGUCAUUUCUCCCUUUUAUUGUCUGAAAUUAUGUUUUCAUUUAUAAAUUAAAUGAGUCAUUUUGCCUUG